AUUUUUCUUCCAGUUAGUUUGUUUUCAUUGUUAUUUACUCCCGCGCUAAGGAGGAGGAUUACGGCGGCCUUUCCGGAAUCGAUUCCCGGCGGGAGUUUAUUGCCUCCUGGAUCAGCCACCACCAUCACCACCACGGCACGGAUCGAUUGUGCCCUCUCAGCCGCCAUUUCUCCCAACAAUUAAACAGUGAUGGCGAAAGCUGACUCGCUCCAGAAUGGAAUCAAAACAGACACCACAGACGAUGUUGAAAAAUCACUUGAACUGCUCGAUAAGGUCCUGUCUGAGUUCGAGGACGUGGAACAGGAACGGAUGCACGUGGCCGUCGAGCCGGAUAGUCCCUCACAAGGCCACCAGUCCGAGGACGAUGGCUACAUGAGCAUGAACGGCAGAAGGGCCAAGUUUGUACCUGAUUUUCAACCGACGGACGAAGCAAACCCGCCUUGUACACUUCCGGUGACUGCUCAGUUGGACGGUGUAAAAUACACUUCGGGCCCUCCGUCACCAGAAGAAGCCGAACGAAUCAUUUCGAAUCUGCUACCGAGGAUUUCACCAACGACAUCUCCAACGAGAAGAAUCGGAAGCACUGGCAGCAUCCAUCAGAGCCCAUCUCAUCACAGCACCAGCAUCAGCAAUUCGGACUGGCGAACGCGAAAUCUAAUCCGCCAAAAUUACAAUAAUAACUGCGAUUCUAUUAGUAGCUCAACAACAGCCAGCGAGCGGCCUUCCUCAAACGAUACGACCAUUAUCGCAACAAGUCCUUCACAGACAACACUGCCAAAGACCCGUCCCUCCAACGUUUUACCCACUCGAUACGCAAGUCUUCCAUGCUCGAGCCCGCCCAAACAUCCGGAACCGGGAGAUCUGCCAAGCGGCGGCAGCCUGGACGAGGGCCGUAACAAGCUCGGUGGAAUCGGAAUCAGUGCCGUCCACGAUGCCGUCCUGCGCGGAAUGACACGGAUGCCAGAGCCCAUAGUGAACGAGCACCCGGUAACGAUCUAUCCCGGCAGGGUGUCUCCACCCAGGCGGAAUUCGUCCCGCUCCAGCCAACCCCUCAUCCUGCCGGGACGGGCCAAGGGCAACAGCAGCCACAAAUAUUUGCCGUCGGAAAAUUCUUCCUCUCAAGAAAACUCCUCACCGGAAAAUAACGACUCGGAAAAUAACUCCCUCUCGCCCACCCAUGGAGUUCAAAUUAACAUCCACUACAACAAUAACCUGAUCAACAACCGAAUAUUCGCAACGAGUAGUGCCGCAGACUUUACGCGGCCUUCGCCAAGGCAACGCUCCAGUGGACAUCAUGGCCAUGCCGCGGACAGUGACGAGGAACGCUUCUCCGAGGACUCCCUGGAGGAAUCGUCAUUGCCACCGCCCCCAGGUCCCGUUACUGUUCCUCCGCCUCCCUCACUUUCAGCCCCGGUCACGCCUAGCAAACGACACAGCAUCGCCUGGGAAGUUAAUCUGGACGACCCAGCCAGCUUCGGAGAUCCACUGGGCGUCCCAAAAGCACCGGUGGCCGUCACCGGAUAUGGCAGCGCAAAGGUUAUUGGUCGACGAAAAGGAGCUAAGAAUGUCAACGAUUCGCAGUCGAGUUUGGAAUCGACGCAAAGCAACAGGAAGAGCGAAUCCAAUGAAUGGCCGGAUCCACCCGAUAUACCCAUAUGUAGCACCGAGGACGAGGCAGCCUCACUCUAUUCAGAUUCCGACGAGCUGAUACCGAACAUCCCGCACAACAUCACCGGCCGUGGGACCUACAUAAUUCGGAAGGGCCGCCGAAGGCAGCGGCUGGAGGACAAUUUGGAUUCGAACCACUUGCCGAUUCCGGGCAGCGAGCCGCCAGUCUCUACGUUACAGUCUUCUUCAGCUGCCGCCACCACCAAUCUGCCCAGUCCCGUCUUCCCGGCAUCGAUGAUGGUACCCAAAUCGAGGCACAGCAUCGAUCUGGGCAUGUCCACGAUGGCCUCCAGCAGCAGCACCGGCAACCAGGCCGUUAAACCAUCACACUCCGUUCCUCAGAAACUACCAAACUCAGUUCUUUCACCUAGGUCACGACUAUCAUUAGAUUUAAGUUCACCUACCUCAGAACUUCCGGCAAGCAUAAAGAAAAUCACAACCCCGACCGGAGGUUUCCCAGCAGCAGCGACAGCAGCACCACACCUUAACCUGAGCCAGCAACAGCAACAACCAAACAAUAGCAACAGUCUGAACAAAACCAAAUCCGGCGGUUUCGGAAGCAACAACAACGUAAACGCUUCGUCCUGUGUAAAUAAUAACAAUGGCAUCGGCAUCCAAAACGCCAAUAAUGCUCAGCAGAUUCAAAUCCAGCCGAUGGUGCAGCCACCUACACAACCCCCCUCGGUUCCCGUUGUGUCGUCCAGAUACACCGAAUUUAAAACUUACAGUUCGACUUUUGAUGGAUUGCAAGCUUUGGAAAAUGGAAACAAUAGCAAUGGAAGCCUCCCCAGUACCAGCACCAGCAACAAUAACAACAUCAACAAUAAUAGUAUAGGCCGCGGCGCAAAUGGUUCUUCGGUGGUUAUUUCCGGAACGUGUCCUGAUAUGGCCACCGCCAUUGUAGGGCCCCCGACUGCAGUUGACGGCCUAUCUACUCCACGUCGUGAGCUCGCUCCGCCCAUCGAAGAGGACGAAGAAGCAGAUAGCGACACACAGCGUGGUGCACCUUUACGCAAAAUAGAAGAUAAUAUUAGUGCUUUAUUACGUGGUGAUAUAUCUGUUGCUAGAGUAGCCGACAUACCUCCUGCGAGACGUCCAUUAGGCUUUCGUCUAGGUGUUCAUAAAUCAGAAAGUGCCAAAGAAAUGCUUCUCGCACAGGCUGGCCUAGGGCCUUUGCCGCCAUCACCGCCGUCAUCCAGUCCGGAACCGGACAGUGACGAAUUUCCGCCGUUGCCUCCUUCGCCUACCGAAGAACCAGAAAUUAUUCAUCAGAUUCACGGUAUCCGCAUCAGCUCCCGCAAUCGAGCUGGCAACAGCGGUCCCAAGCCACAGCAUGACAUUUUGUACCGGGAAGAGCAACCGCCGGCCGUUCCGCCGCACCGUGGCCCAUCUAUCAAUACGCUUAAAACAAGAUCAAUGGAUGCUGGCUUCAGCAAAUCCUAUCGCAAUGGUUCGCACGCUUCUACUUCUCCGCACGCCCCUGGAACGCUUCCUCCCGAUUUGCCCGGAUGCAAUUCUCGAAGAAGAAUCAUCACUGGCGGUGGCGGUGGCAUUGGCGGCUUCCCGAAGCGUACCGCCCAGAGUCCCCGCGAGGAGAGAUCCCUGCAGACGUCCUGUAGCCUGCCGGAGACGCCCAUCUUUGCUCGAGGUAGCUGUGAUAUUCCACGUACACCUCACCGUCGCGCUCCAGAAGUUCCACCGCAUGGAAGCGGAAGCCGAACGGCCCCUCGGAACAAUACCGGUACCACUAGUAGCCUAGGUUCGUCCGUGGUUGGAAUCGGUUCUUCAACGAUCGGAAGCCGGCAGCGCAGUAUCAGCCAAGCGUUCGCAAAUGGUGAAAUGUUACGCUUGGCGGGCGGCCCGGCACGUGGUUGGUAUCCGAAGCAGAGGCAACCGCGGCCGGCCUCGACCGAGAAUCUGGACCGGCUACAUCCGCAAGGAUCUCUACGCGCCUGGGAAACGGGUACGGGUAGCAGAAAACCGCUCACCCUACCACCUAAUCUUACACCUAAAUUUUUCAACAAGUCACCGCGAGAGGCUUUGCGCCGUGUUACUAGUUUGUUAAUUCGAAAAGGCAAUUCCGGCACCAAGGAGAAGGAAUCUCGCAAGGAAAAGGAUCGCAGCGGUUCCUCCGAUAAGGAUGGUUACUACUCGACGUCGUCCAUUUUCCUGCAACGCUCCCCCGGAUCAGAUGUAACUGACUCUCGCAGCUAUCACCAUCAGCAGCAACAGCACCAUGGUCAACGACACCAUCAACAGCCGUCGUCUUCAUCCCAGCAUCCUCAUCCUCAUCACCAUUCGUCAUCGUCCCAUCACCACCAGCCGGUUCCAUCGACGACGCCAACUCAGAAAAAGAAGGGUUUCUUCAAGAGUUUCUGGAAAAAGUCCCGCCACUACUCGCUGGAAAAGCAGUAAAACUAGACCGGGCGGAAAGUAAGCUUACCAACCAAGUUCAUUGGCAAUGUGUCUGUGUAUGAAUCACAGCCAGGAUCGAUGAUUUUUUUUUCAUUUUUGGAACAUUUUAGGGUAGAUUAUAAAACGGAAAACAAAAUUUACACUGUAUUUGCGCGGGUGGAAGUAAUUUAACCAAAAAAAAAACAACAACAACAAAACUAACAAACAACAGCAAUCUCUUAUCUAUUGGCCUAACUAAGAAAACAAAAAAAAAACAUACAUUCAUACAUACUCGUAACAAAAGUAAGAAUUAUUAUCACCGGGAACAGAAAGCCAAGUGGAGGACAUAUAUUAUACAUGCGAGUUCAGUGUAGGAGACAGUUUUUUCCAAGUUAGAAAUUUCACCAAGGCAUAUAAAACAGUAAUUUUUGAUUGUAACAUACAAAACUGUGCAGAAACAGCCAGCUUGUUAUCUCAUCAAAUACACACAUACACACCCAAUUUCUACAAACACACACGCAAACCAAAUCAAAGCCCCUUCAGGAGUGCAGGGAAUUCCUCAUAAUCACACAGGUAGAACUGGAUUUCUUUAUUCCAACGCAAACAACGUCACCGCACUCGCGUUCUCCCUCACUCGACCGCGAGAGCCGGGAUAGAGAUAGCUAGGCAGAAAAGGGUCACGAUUGGGUGACAAAAAUGCUUAUCAGCAAACAGACGCGACGGUUGAUGUCGAAUAUGUGUACCUACUAUAACUGCUUGCUUACCGAUCAAUCAGGCAACGAUUGGCGUGAACGAACAACAGCAACAGGAAAAGUCUCAAUUCGGUUUUGCAUCAAUGCUCUUCUUUGUGUUCAAAUAUUUUGAGUUUUAACUUACAGAAUGCGGAUGACGGGAAAAACUGUGAAAAAAGUUUUUAUUUUCCUCGUUUGAUUUCCAAAAGAGUUACGUUGUUGGUAAACAUUUGAUAAUCAAGCAAAAGUAUUGAAAAAUCAGCGAUUCCAUCUAGACCAUCUAUUUGGACGUUGUUCGCAGCACACCACUCCAUAAAUUAGUCUAAACGGAAACACAAUUUUGCUAGAUGAACACAAUGAAAUGUUUAUUGGAAAAAAAAUGCAUUACAAUUUUAGAACAAAAUUUCUUGUUCUAAGCCUCAUCCAUCCAGGUUUAUUUUACCCGUUAAGAGUUCUAGGAGCGUCAACAAACCCCUGACUAAAAAUUCCUUUACUUAUAGCUAUCUCUCUUCUGCCUCAGCUGAUCUGUAGACAGUUUUUGAACUAUUUUUGUAAUAUUUUUUGUGAUAUUAUGUUUAAUGGACCUUACCCAGUGAACAUUUUGGUCUGUAUAUUUCAGUUGUUUCUGAGAUAUACACACGUUUGUACAAUCUGAAAAAGUUGUAUAGAAUAUUCUAUAUGAGCCUGUACGUACCAAAGUGGAGGCAAUAUACGGACCAAAUUUUGCUCACCUUGAAAAUAUAAAACUUUGUAUUGCGUUUUCAACAAUUUUAUAGCAACUUUGCAUUGCAUAAAAUCUUAGGAUUGUACAACUUACAACUUUUUAUUGCCAUCCCUACAAUUUGAUUACAAUUUCCUUUUGCGGGUAGCCUGAGGUUUGUACAACUUUCUUCGCCAUUCAAUACAAUUUAUUGUUACUGUAUCUCAAAGCAAUUAUAUUUUUCCCUUUUUACAAUUUUACUAUGAAUCGUCGUGAACAUUAAUACAAUAGAAUAUAAUGUCUACUGCGAAAAAAAAUUGAACCAUAUACAACUUUAUGUGUCUCUUUUCCCUCAGUCUCGAACUCACAACGUUCAUAUCCCUGUCUUUCGAUACUUCCUCGGCGCCAUUUCAUGUUGAUACAAACAAGCAAACUUUUUCAUGUACAGUUGAGAGUUCCGUUUGAAAAUCAGUUGAUCGUAUAAAAUACCACUGACUGCAUCAUUUCAGACUCCAAAUCUAUUUAUAGAUGCCGUUUUUUGAUAUACAACUUUACCCUAUCUCAUGAACGAUUCUAUUACAAUCAAUAAUUGUAUUCAGCGCUGUGCGAUCUUAGCUAGCUAUUUACUGUACUGUUAAACAAUUCGACAAUCUGCAGAUUGUUUAAAUUGCAUUAUACAAUGUUCUUACAAUUACUAUACGACCUGUCAUGGAAAUAAUACGUCAUCAUAGAUCACAAGCAUAAAAGAUCGCUUGAUUGUACAGUGGGAUUAAAUAUUGAGCUUUACACAAUUCUACUGCGAUUCAAAACAACUUUAUUGAUCUUUCUAUACGAUUAACAAAAUGUUAUCGUAUAUAAUGAAUACAAACCAUGAACGAUAAAAUAUAACUUGGUUUAGCUACAACAUGAUGUUAAUACAAUUCCAAUCUAAACUGGAUGCUUAUACAAUCUACUAUGAACAAUGCUUUACGAUUUCUGGUUAUCUGGGUAACAACUUAUACAAUCUUAAACGUGGAUGUUUUCGUUUUGUGGAUGUCUUCGUUUCGUAAAUAUUUUAUAGCAAUUUAACCCAUAAAGGUCAGGCUUCCUCCUUUUUUUUGUUCAUUCCAAUUCCCCGUAUUGACCUUUUUCGUCACCCAAUUAUAUUCAAAGUAGUUGCCUACCUCCAGGGUAAAAAAUUAUCGAAGAAGAUUGAUUUGCAGCUAAAGUUGAAGGCGAAUAUCUUCUGGGAUAAACUUAAAAAAUGAAUUUUCUUCCGUUUUAUGUACAUUAAUUUCUUCAUUUACAAAGGAUCCUAGAAACUGAUAUGUUUAAUUUCUAUUAACCCCAAGAUUUUCGUUAUCUAUUAUGCAUUUUAUAUGUACUCUGCAUUAAAUAAUCUACUCUGAUUUUUAUGAUUAUACUUUUUUUUUUACAAUUUUAUCUUUAUCAUAUUUAUUA